AUGAGACGGUGGUUGGGAUCGGAGUCCAUAAUACCCAAUAUGAGCGUUACGGAGGGUCAGCGGGUCGUUGUUGGUGUGCGUCAAGGUGAUGUGCAGUGGGUGGCCGCGACGGUGCGGAUUUGCGGGCCCGUGCGGUUUGCUACCGGGGAGUGGGUCGGGUUGGAGCUCGAUGGGCCCCAGGGGAGGAACGACGGGUCGGUUGGUGGGGUGCGGUACUUCUCAGUGGCACCACAAUGUGGGCUGUUUGUCAGGGCUGCUGAUCUAUGGGUUCCCGCUCGUAGUGUAGGGGCCAAUCGCAAACUUAUCGCGCUGCUGGAAAACAAGAUUCGACGGAUGGUAGACUCCAGGACCCAAUUGGAGCACCGUUUGGUAGACCGUGACCGGGAAUUAGAGAGACUCACCAUGGAGCACACAGAACUUGCACAAAGGUUUGAUGAUGCGCUUGCGGGGGUGUCAGUUGCACCGCAGGAUCUCCAAAAUCGGUACACGCUGGUCCUGGCAGAGAGGGAGACGCUCAUCAGGGAGAAUAAGAGACUAGGUGAGGCUGUUGCCGCAGCGAAAUCCCAGUUGCACACUCAGCAGACUUGCAUCGCGGAAUUGUCUAAACAGUUGGACUCACAAGAGUACAGGGACGACAUUGUUGUCCAUUUGACAGAGACAAACUCGCAGUUGACCACUCAUGUGCAGUCCCUCCAGCAGGAACUUUCCGGGUUGGAGCAUCUCAGUGCAAGAUUGGAAUCCAUGGAGAGCAAGUAUAAAUCUCGCAUCGCUGAUCUGGAAGACCAGUUGGACCGUUUACAGACAGAAUUGUCCACUUUCAAGAUGUCCCAGCAGAGAGCGCAAGCGGAAGCGGAUACUUUGUCCAGUCAACUAGAUUCUCUCAUCACGAGGGAAUUGCCUGACCGAGAACAGCAGAUUGAAGUACUGAAUUCGCAAGUCGCCUUGUUGCAGGAACAAGUAAGCAAGACGGCAAUCUACCAUGAUUUCUUUCAUCAAUACAUGGCCGGUACCGAACGGAUCCCCUGGAGGGAUCUAUCCCCCAUGUUGAGUUUCAUUCGUUUCAAACUCUCCCAGAGUGACCAACCAAAUACCGAGAGGUGGCUCCGGUUAACGAUAUUAGAAACGGUUGUGCUGCAUUGCCAAAGCUUAGGUUCCGUAGUGGGGGUCGUUACGGUGAAUGACCUGUUUAAUAUCAGGUUGUGGAACGAACAGCGAUGGGAAGAUUUGACUGAGGGCAUCUUCAACUGGAACAAUGUCAUUCAAUGCAUUGACCGCGAUCCUCUUUUGAAAUGCAGUGCCGCAUUCAUGGUAUCUAUCUACAAGUAUGUCUUCCAGAAUGUCUUGCCGCAGAUUCUACAGGAUACUGAUAACAACGCCUUGCACGAAAGAUACUCACAGCUGUUGGAUCUAAUUGAAAAGACUUUGACCGAUGUUAAGAUACGGAACGUCGAAAUUCACGCUGGCGUGGCCCCUUUGAUAGAUGAUCUUGUGCAAUGUUUAUCAGUUAUGGGCCAAGAAACUUUACCAAGCCAAUUCCAAAAACUGGAAACUCUUUUAAAGGACUUGGUGGGAAAUCCUUCGGUAAACGGUACACCAAAAGAGUUCCCUCCCAAGAAAGAGCUGCCUUCUCCAGAACCAGUGCUCGAUACACUCCCCUCACCAGAACAAGACAAACACUACACGGAGGAGCUUGCUCUAAAGGAACAACUGAUUAAAGAACUUGGCGUUAAAAUCGAAAUCAUGAAGGGGAAACAAGCACGAACUACAAAGCAGGAACAACUCAAUAUCGCCUUGAAGACCAAAGUACAAAACUUGACCAAAGUCCAAAAGUUGCAAGAGGAACAACUGGGGGAACUUCGAAAAUCAAAUACCAUAUUGAGGAAGGACUUGAAGUUAUCCAGUUUAAAACAAUACCAUACCAUUCCAAAUGGUGCACUAGACAAUUACGUACUGCAACGUGAUACAGUGGACAGGAUUGACCUGUUGAGUGAGAUUAAAGAUUUGAAAGGGGCUCUGAAGGAUAACCUUAGCAGAAUAGCCUCGCAAAGGAGACCAAAUUUGGAUUGGUUGAACGACGAUGCCACGCCGCCAUCAAAAUCAACCAAGCGUCAUGUACAUGGCCUACAGCUGGGAAAACUCUCCCUGCUGGCCAAUGGUUUGGAGUCUUUUGUUGAUCAAUCAGGUGUUUUAAAUACUGACGGUGACAGUUGUUCCAAUAGGAAGUACAUCGCUCUGCUCGAGAGGAACCGGAGGAAUGUAAAGAAUGCCAUACAUGAUGCUAUUAAAUGCUAA